ACAAUCAGAGAGAGAGAGAAGAGAGAGAGAGAGAAUUGGUCUCUGUCUCAUCAUCAAGAACCAAGAAAGCACUUCAAGAUUUGUGUUCUUGAAUCUUGACCUGUUUGUUGGGUCUGAGUUUGAGGAUUGAGGUUUCUGCUGUUUCUUCUUGUGGGUGUGUCUGGAGUUUGAAAGAUCUUCAGAUAGAUAGAUGGCUACGUUUUCAGGGACCACACAAAAGUGCAAGGCAUGUGAGAAGACCGUCUAUUUUGUUGAACAGCUUACAGCUGACAACAAGGUCUAUCACAGGACUUGCUUCAGAUGCCACCACUGCAAGGGCACUCUAAAGCUGAGUAACUACUCCUCCUUUGAGGGCGUAUUAUAUUGCAAGCCCCACUUUGAUCAACUGUUUAAGAUGACUGGCAGCUUAAAUAAAAGUUUUGAAGGUACUCCGAGAACUGUUAAUAAAUCUGCUGAUCAGGUACAAACAAACAGCAAAGUCUCAAGGUUCUUUUCUGGAACCCAAGAGAAGUGUGUUGCGUGCAAAAAGACUGUUUAUCCAAUUGAAAAGGUGGCAGUUGAUGGAACAUCAUAUCAUAAAGCUUGUUUCAGAUGCAGCCAUGGAGGUUGUGUCAUUAGCCCAUCGAACUACAUCACUCAUCUGAAUCGCCUCUUCUGUAAGCACCACCAUAACCAACUUUUUAAGGUUAAGGGGAAUUUUAGCCAGCUAGACAAGCAUGCAAAGAUAGAAGAGGUGCCUAAGUUGCCUGUUGCAGAAGUUGCAGAGUAAACUCCAAUGAUAUUCUUUAAUACGCUCCUCUAAGUGACUAAGUUGGAUAGUAUGUCUCAGUCAACGUGUGGAUGAUUAGUAAGGUGUCCUAGAGGAAACAAUGAAUGGCCAUCGUUUCCUCCUAAAACACGAACCAUUUCAUUGUUUGUUUACUCACAGGUUUUACAGUUUGUGGCUUAAUUUUUUGGUUUGAGAGUGUGGGCAAGGUCAAAGAGGUUUGGAAAAGACAAUGAUUAGGGAGACAGUAUUGAGAUUUUUAUAUUAUAAAUUUGAGGUUUUUGUAUUA